AUGCGAUUCACGGGGUUUGGGAGCGUUAGAAAAACCCUAACCUGGCACCCUCACCACAGCGCACCCCACCCCCUUUCACCCCUUCAGUGGAACAAUUUCAGAAACGAGAAAUUAGAGAGAGAGAGAUGCAGGAAGAAGAGAAGCCCGCCAGCUGCCACCACGUCGCCAUUACUGAGCUACAGCGCCGCCGUCCAGCCUCAUCCCGCCGUGUUACCAUGGUCACCGUUGCUGUUGCAAGGAAAGGGGAGAGGGCCGAAGCUGCACGUCCGAGGGAGAAGGGUGGAUGCUGUUCGCCGUGCCGCCUCCCUGGAGCUCGCCGUCGAGCUGCUUCGCAGCGUCGUCCUGUCCAUAGAGCCAGAGCUCGCGUCGCCGUCGUUCAUUCGCGUUCUGCCGCCGCCGCUUCAAGGGUCUGUCAUCGCUGCUGACGUCGCCGAAAGGAGGAGAGCGACCACCACGAGGAGCUGUGUUCCACGCCGUUGUCGCCAUCGAUCCACGGCCACCACCGCGAGGGUUCCGCCGCCGUCGUUCCAAUGCUGCCGUUCAUGCCCUCUGUUCCCUUCGUCGUUCUGUCUAGCAUCACCAGCACUGAAGUCAGCUUCUACCACCGUCAAGCUUUGUUGGAGCUGGUGUUGUUUUUGGAGGUUUGGAGUGGAGCCUUGCCCAGUUCUGUCUUUGCUCAUGGUUCUCGCAGCUGCCGGAGCCUCCGCCGCCAUCAAAGCUGCGUGGAUUCGUAAUAUUGGGUUUACCGCAUUUAAAUUCUUCAAUUACGACUAAUUGAGAUCGGAGAGGAGAGGAGGCGUUUAACCUUGUCGUUGUUGGUGCCAUGGAAAUAGGUGCUGGAAACUGCUAAUGGAGCAUCUGCGUUUAGUGAAUUUUUGACGGUUUUGGCUAGUCGAGGUAGGGGAUUUAAUGUUUUUAAUUUAGAAUGCCUACAAAUUUAUUGGAUAAGUGCAAAUGGUUAACAAAGGUUAAGAAUUUCUUAAUUAACAUGAAUGACUUGAAAUGCAUGUGGAAUUAGUUGGUUGUUGUGAUUAUUCUGAGCUGUGAUUGAAUUUAGAUGCUGUUGUGAAUAAUGAUUAAUUUAGUAUAGUUUAUUAAAUUAAAAUAUGCCGAGUUAAUUAUUGAAAAGCUGUGGUAUGGAUAACUGAUGAAUUGAGUUUUGAUUAUUGCUGUGAAUGUAAUUAGUUUUGUUGUUAUGAGAGACUAAUUGAUAGAAAUAAGCUUGGUUUGAGGUUGUGAAAUUUGGAAUAAGUUUGAUGAUGUUUUAGUGCUUCAAUUAGAUU